AUGGCGAUGGUGGUAGAUUCACACGAGCACGAGACGCGAAAUACCGUCGUCCCUGCAGCUCCUUAUGCCGCUCGUCCACCGAGCCCGCCCAGCAUCCUGAUUCCCGCCCCGAACGUCAAGGCUAGUCAAGCCAUUGUCUGCGUCCCGCGCUUCUCCAACGUCGAUCCGCUGACUUUGAGUGCCCCGGACCUCGAGAUUAUCACCCAAAGCAAGCCCCAAAAGGCAUACGACAGUGUCGGUGACUGGACAUGGGAAGAUCGCCGAAAGGCUCAUGAGAUCCUCGACUUUUUGUGGCUCGGCCCCUCGACCGUAGCCCGCGAUCAGGGAUUCUUGAAGGAGAACGGCUUUAGCAUGAUUCUUGCCGCUCGGGACGCGCGCCUAGCCGAGGCACGACUGUUGGGUGUCGAUCGUGCUAUCAAGGAGUUGGAACUUUCCGCUGCGACCAUUGAUGUUCAGGACCUUCAGGACCUGAUCCACCGCCUCGACGAUGCCGUGGCCCUGAUCAACAAGCACAUGCUCGAGUUUUACCACAACCAAAUCCUGCUUCAGAAGGACUCCCCCAACGGACAAGAUAAAACGGUGAUUGACAAGUCCAAGUUUCGCCGUGGCAAGGUUCUUGUCUUCUGCGAGACCGGCAAUGACCGCUCUGCUAUCCUCGUGGUGGCGUAUCUGAUGGCUGUCUACGGCAUGGACAUGAUUCAGGCCUGCCAGUUUGUCAAUUACCGGCGCUUCUGUGUCUCUCUCGAUGAACCUUCAAAGCAGAUGCUUCAGACCUACGAGGGCUUGCUCGUAGCCCGAAAGACUGUCAACAAGCACACACUUCAGAACUCGCACAAUAUUUCGCUGGGCACAUCGAGAAUCACCAAGCGCGGAAUCAUGGACACAAUGGAUGAUGAUGAUGAUGAUGAUAUCAUGCAAGAAGCAGCUGAUUUUGAACUCGACCGUGAUCGGUACACAGACCGCCGACCAUUCGUGCCUUUUGUCGAUCAAAACUGA